CAAGUUGUAAACAUUAGUCUGGAAAGUGAUUCGAAAAAUCGAAAAUAUUAAAUUUUUUUUAUAUUUACUAGGUUUUCCUGGCACCUACGUGUUAAAUAAUAUCAAUAAUUUUCAAGAUACCGUGCAUUCCGGAGAUAACUACUCUCCAAAGUGGCGCAGUUUAGCAGUGAUAGGAUGCGAAGAUCCCAGGGCUAUGCUUACCAGCCACUAGCUCAGGACCCUGGACCGAGUGGUUUGGGAAACGGCAGUCAUGAUGCAUUGGAAGAGGAAAAUGAACGAAUGGCAGAUGAGCUCCGGGGUAAAAUUGGAGCACUGAAAUCGCUAACCAUCGAUAUUGGCAAUGAAGUACGAUACCAAGACAAGCUGUUGAGAGGAAUCGAUGAGGAUAUGGACCGAACGGGAGGAUUUAUGUCAAAUACGAUUUCGCGAGUGGUUCGCCUUGGGAAAGGAGGGCAUCGGAACUAUAUGUGUUACAUGUUCUUGUUUGUGAUGUUUGUGUUCUUUGUAUUGUUCCUUAUACUGAAGUUGAGAUAAUACUGAAAAGAGACGCGACUGACUUCUGGUUAAAUCUAAUUCCAUUUUGAUACUAAGAAACGAUUCUAUUUAUUUAGCAAAAAAAAGGUUGU